AUCUAUCAUAUAAAAAUAUUCAGGUCAGGGUGAAAUACAUGAAAAGGAGUGAAACUUAAAUACAUUUUUAUUGAGAAAAUCAUUAAUUUACAAGUAUCUUGAAAACUAUAUUUAGGUGGUAUGUGUUUACAUUAAGAAAUGGACAGCUCUCUGGGGAAAAGGGUCUUAAUGACAUUUUUAUAGAAAAUGAUAUUUGUACUAGAAAUUGGUGGUAAUUGUCUAAAAAAUGAUAAUUGCAAGUUUGAACCCCAACUCCAAUUUGUUUCCGAGAUACAGGCGAUUGAAUGAUACUAUUUAUUUAAGAAAUGAAACUUAUAAUUCUUUAUUUGAUGCAUGCAUCAAAUAAAGAAUUAUAAGUUUUAUUUCUUAUCAUUUAAGGUAGUGUGCUACAUGCAUCAAAUAAAGAAUUAUAAGUUUUAUUUCUUAUCAUUUAAGGUAGUGUGCUACAGCGUCAUAAAAAUGGCUGACUUCCUCUCGAAACACCAUUUUGUUCCGGUUGGCCAAAAUUGUCAUGCAAAAAAAUCACUAGACACCGGUUUUUGGAACUCUUCUUAUAAAUAGAUCUGAAUCACUAAAGCGUUUUUAUGAAAUGAGAAUUUGAGAAGUGUAUGAGUUUCUGCGGGAUGAGUGUGUAUUUUUUUUUUAAGUUGGAUUACUGAUUAUCAUGAUACGUUUUCAUUUUGUAUGUAAAGUAAUUCGGUGGUGUUUUUUAAACAUUUGUUUUUUUUUUGUUUUUUUGUGUUUUUUGUUUUUGUUGUGUAACACACAGGUCACGUGCGCUUAUCUGCUGACCUAUUUAUAGAGGUGGCGUCAUUUUUUUUUUUUUUGAAAAAUGCAUAAUUCCAAGGGUGCUAAAGAAUGUUUUGAUUAUUGCAUUAUACUAUUUUGUUAAAUAUUGUCACAGGUUGUGCCAAUAAAAUUUUCAAUCUUGAAUAAAUCUGAUUUAUUUCAUAGCGAAAGGUUAUGAUAUUUGGAUAACCCAAAUUAAAUGUCACAGUUUUAAUAUGGAAAGUGUGAAAUUAAAUUAAUGCAGUAUUCAUGCAACAGUCAUUGGUUGAAUUAUUUUGCACAUUAGAAAAUGUUUGCUUAAUAUAUUCAAGUGAUAAAAGCUCAAUAUUUUCCAAUAAUGAACAUUGUAAAUAUUCAUCAAACUUAUAACAUCCAAGGAGCAGAAUAACCCAUAUCUAUUAUUUUGAGGUCAUUCAGAUGAGGCUUGUAAGCCAUGGUCCUGUGUCACGAUAGGCGUUAGCACGAUAAAGAACCCUCACUGCUCAAUUCGCCCGAAGGUGACGUCUCUAUAAGAGUGAAAAAUUCGAGAAUGAGACGUAAAGCAGCAUAUAAACACAUUAUUCUGAGGUCACAAUGGUUUAAGGUUAAGGUUCAGACUGCUCUUUAAAAAAGUCCACUGGAGAACCUUUGCCUACUGGACAUACACGUAGUUCACAGAUCUUUAAGGAGUAACAGAUUACUGUUCAUUUUGUAUGUUAAUGGGUCGAAUUUGGACACUUGUCCAAUCAAUAUGUUUACGAGACAGUUUUAGUUUAUGGAAACAAUGAUACUCUCUUGGAAAUUUGUUCGGCCCAUAACUUUGGUGCGUGCACCAAUGUUUCUUGUGUUGAUAUGAUAUAAAUAUAAAUGAUCACGAAAACGCGGAUCAACAUUGACAAUCAGCUGUUCGUUUGCACGGGGAAUCGCGACAUGGAAUAGGGAGAUCUUCCAACACCUCUACAAUUCAUAUCGUGUGUAGAACAUGAUCAUACUUAUAUGAAUGAAGGUAAGUGUGGUUAGGCCUAUAUGUUUGAGAACUUGUAUGAAAGGUGAAGAUAAAUUGGGCAAACACGGACACACCAGAGGUGGGAUCAGGUGCCUAGGAGGAGUAAGCAUCCCCCGUCGACCGGUCACAUCCGCCGUGAGCCCUGUAUCUUGAUCAGGUUUAAACGGAGUUAUCCGUAGUCAAAAUCAGUGUGCCAAGAACGGUCUAAAAAUCGGUAUGAAACACGUCAGACACAUGUUGUCAGCAGAUUUCUGACAAUACAACACAUUGUAAGCCAAUGUGUUGUAUGACACAACACUCACAAUAGUAUGAGCUUUUAAACAAUUGGAUUGAUGAAAUAACUCAAUUGAAGAAAUGUACCAUCAUCAUCUGAGACUGAAUAGAAUAAUUUAUGAGAUACAUAAAAUAUUCUAAGACUCAUGUCCAAUAAACAUCAUUUAUAGAAACAUUUAUGCCUAGUGCCUUUGAUAGUGAUUUGUUCUAAAUGGAGUGUAAUGUUUACAUAUCUUCAGCUGAUCUUUAUGCUAAGGCUAAAGCCAAGAUGUUAAUCAAUUAAUGUCUGUAAUUGUUUUUUAUCAAUAUGUAGGUCGUGAAGUCAGUAGUCUUUUCCCCAAGAAAAGAAAGGAACCACCCACUUCUGCAGAGGAUAGUAGUGCUUUUCAUGACCAUCCAUAUGUGUCCAUGAACAGCUCUUCUAUACAGAAACAAAACUUGAAAAAUGCAGAAGGCACUGAUGAUGAUGAUGAGGAGGAGGAGGAGGAGGAAGAGGAGGAAAAGGAUAGUGAUGUUGAUGGUGAGGGUGAUGAUGAUAGAUCAAGUGAAGCUGGAAAGAAUGGGGCAAACUUUCAUGAACUACAAGGACGCCACAUUAUAGAGAUAAUUUUUUUAGUUAAGGAGCUAAUGAAAGGAUGCCAUUAUUGCUGUAAACCCUUGAAUCUGUCUGCUUGUAUAGGAGAUAGCAGAUAUGGACUAGGUAGUCUACUUCACAUUAAGUGUGAGAACUGCAAAAAGGUGAGCCUGGUUCCAACAGGGAAAAGACAUGGUCCAAAUGCUUGGGAUGUAAAUUCCAAGUUAGGUGCAGCAAUGCUUUUUUGAGGCAUUGGGGAAACUGCAAUAAAUGCUUUGCUUGCUGCACUUAAUUUACCAUCUGUUACCCCAACAACAUUAAAAAGGAGAGAAAGAGAGGCAGGGGUGGCUUUUGAGGCAGUUGCAGAUGCAACAUGCCAGAAUGCAAUA